UUAAUGCAGCUGUCACCACUGCCCAGAGGAGUAGAUGCCCAGAGCCAAGCUGCAGAGUUGUCUGGUGCUCCCAGGCUGAGGAAGUGGUGACCAGUAGACAUGGCUCACUUUGGCCAGGUCCUGGCUGAAAUAGGCGACUUUGGUCGCUUCCAGAUACAGCUGCUGAUACUGCUGUGUAUCCCCAACUUCCUGAAUGCCUUCUACCUGUUUGCCCAGGUCUUCAUGGUCCUGGAUGAGACCCAUUACUGUUCAGUGGCCUGGGUCAAGAACCACACUUUCAACCUGAGUGCUGCUGAGCAGCUGUCACUGAGCGUGCCUCUGGAUGCUGAAGGUAACCCCGAGAGCUGCCUCAUGUUCCAGCCACCCGCUGACAAUGCCGGCCUGGAGGACAUCCUCAGCCACCGCUUCAAUGAGACACAGCCUUGCGAGGCAGGCUGGGACUAUCCUGAAAACAGGGCCCCAUCCCUAAAGAACGAGUUCAACCUGGUUUGUGAUCGGAGGCAUCUGAGCGAUACCUCGCAGUCAAUCUUCAUGGCUGGGCUCCUCGUUGGGGCUUUCAUCUUUGGGCCCCUCUGUGACUGGAUUGGCCGCAAGGUCACCAUCCUGGUGCAGCUGCUCUUCUUCGCCAUCUUAGGCCUGAGCACAGCCUUUGUGCCCACCUUUACGCUCUACGUCAUCCUGCGCUUUGCUGUAGCUACUGCCGUCGCUGGAUUUACCUUUAGGAAUGUCACCCUGAUGACAGAGUGGGUGGGGCCCUCGUGGAGGACUCGCACCGUGGUCCUGGGCCAGUGCGCCUUCUCCGUCGGGCAGAUGGUGCUAGCAGGACUCGCCUAUGGCAUCCGUAACUGGAGGAUCCUGCAGAUUGCCGGCACUUCACCUGUGUUGCUGCUCUUCUUCUACUACUGGGUUCUACCAGAGUCAGCACGGUGGCUCCUGACCUGGGGGAGGGUAGAGGAGGCUAAAACACUGAUCCAGAAGGCGGCCACGGUCAACAAGCGGAAACUCUCCCCAGAGCUCCUGAGCCAGCUGGUCCCAGAAAAGACAGGCCCCUCAGGGAAUGCCCUGGAUCUGUUCAGAUACCCCCAGCUCCGGAAGAUGACCCUGAUUCUCUUCUUAGUCUGGUUUGUGGACAGUCUGGGGUACUUUGGCCUGGGCCUCAAAGUAGGAGACUUUGGCCUGGACAUCUACCUGACGCAGCUAAUCUUCGGAGCAGUUGAGAUUCCUGCCCGCUGCUCCAGCAUCUUCAUGAUGCAGUGGUUCGGCCGCAAGUGGAGCCAGAUGGGAACUCUGAUUCUGGGUGGCCUCAUGUGUAUUGCCAUCAUCUUCGUCCCAGCAGAUCUGCCUGUGGUGGUCACUGUGCUGGCCGUGGUGGGGAAGUUUGCCACAGCUGCCGCAUUUACCAUCUCCUACGUGUACUCUGCUGAGCUCUUCCCCACCAUCAUCCGGCAGACGGGCAUGGGGCUGGUGGGCAUCUUCUCGAGGAUCGGGGGCAUCCUCACACCACUCGUGAUCCUGCUGGGUGACUACCAGGAGGCCGUCCCUAUGAUCAUCUACGGCAGCCUCCCCAUUGUGGUAGGCUUACUCUGUUUCCUGCUGCCAGAGACACGUGGCCAGGCCCUGAAGGACACCAUCGAGGACCUGGAGGAAGGGCCCCACCCGCGGUCUCUGAAGUCAGAACCCUCAGAAAAGGACAUGGAGGUCUCUGGAAGAACUUCCAGCCAAGGAGUGGCCUUUGUGAGCAACACGUACUUCUGAUUGUGUCUCCAAGAGCCAGACCAGCAGCAGCAGGGAGCUGCCUCAAUUUUACCCUGAAAAUAGUUG